GAGAGCGAGAAAACACAGCGCAUGUGAUGGCUGGGUCAUUUCUGGAAAGUGCUGAUCAUUUCCACGCGGAAGAUCCUUUGUGCGCUUUUUAGGUUUCUCCUAGUUGAGCGCUUGGAUUUUUAAUUAUUUGGUUAUUUAUUAGGUAACGUUUUUUUACGGUUAAACCUCUGAGAGAUACUCAUGAAUGACCUCACGAGUCAUUCAUUCACUUUUUUAAAACUGAUCCAAGAAGAAGAAGCAUGGAAAGUGUUAUUUUUUCUUUUUUCCUAAUAUUGAUUAUAGAGGUUAAUGCAGUGCGUUAUGGCAUCACCAACAAUCUACAACCUCACAUGCCCAAUGUGUGUGUGGAGAGGGAGGUGACGCUGGUCGCCCAGAGGCAGCCAUGUGUGCAGGCCUUCACACGCAUGGUUAAAGUGUGGAAUCAAGGCUGUGCGGGACAGUCGUGGUGCAUGGGAUACGAGAGGAGGACAGCGUACUACACUGCAUACAGACAAGUGUACAGACAGGAUUAUCAGACGGUGUACAAGUGUUGCUCUGGAUGGUCUCAACUUAAUGGAGAAGCAGGCUGUCUGUAUCCAGUGUGUAGCUACGGUGUGUGCUUCAAUGGGGGCCAGUGUCGGGUUGGAUCCACUCAGCUUUGUGACUGUCCUGCAGGGUUCAACGGACCCAGCUGUCAGUAUGAUGUUAAUGAAUGUGAGGAGACCAAUGGCGCCUGUGAGGCUCUCUGCUGUAACACCAUUGGAAGUUACUACUGCAGGUGCCCUCCUGGACAAAAACUGAAUGAAGAUGGCAAAACCUGUCAAGAUAUCGAUGAGUGCCAGGUCCAUAAUGGAGGCUGCCAGCACAGAUGUGUGAACACCAGGGGCUCCUACUACUGUGAAUGCCACCCAGGCUCUCGCUUGCAUGUGGACGGCCGCACCUGCCUGGCUGUUCAUUCAUGUGCCAUCAGCAACGGAGGAUGUGAACACUACUGUAUGCAGCAGUCUGCCGUUCAUUUACGCUGUCGCUGCAAGGCAAACUACGUGCUGGCAGAGGAUGGAAAGCAUUGCAAAUUGCAGAAUCCCUGUGCAGAUCAAAACGGAGGCUGUAUGCAUGAAUGUCGGGUUGAUGGUGGGAAACCUCACUGCGACUGUAAAGCUGGUUACAUCCUGGCUGAAGACAGGAAAACUUGUGCAGAUAUCGACGAAUGUGAAAUAGAAGAGGCCAACUGUGCUCAUGGCUGCCACAACACACUGGGCUCCUACGCCUGUGUGUGCAACGCUGCCUAUGAGCUGGGAUCUGAUGGGAAACAUUGCUACAGAAUCGAGAUGGAGAUCGUGAACAGCUGCGAGAACAACAAUGGAGGCUGUUUGCACCACUGCCAACAUUCAACCAGCGGACCUGUUUGCUCCUGUAACCAAGGUUACAGACUAGAUGAAGACCUCAAAACCUGUGCUGACAUCGAUGAGUGUGGAGAGCAGAGCUGCUGUGAGCAGGACUGCACCAACUAUCCCGGGGGUUAUGAAUGUUACUGCUCGGCAGGUUACCGACUCAACUCAGACGGAUGUAGCUGUGAUGAUGUAGACGAGUGUCUGGCAUCUAAUGGCGGCUGUGAUCACACAUGCCAGAACAGCGCGGGUUCCUUUCAGUGUUUCUGCCGCCGGGGUUUCCGUCUCGACGAGGACCGGCAAUCCUGUAUCCCACUAGAAGAUACAAUUGAGGCCCUGACCAGCGGAGGUGCCAUUGAGUUGCCCCUUAUUCAACCCUUGCUCACCUUGAUGCAUGACUACAACCAACCCCUGGAGCGCUAUGACGACUAUGAAGACGACGAAGGGGAGCUGAGGGCCGAGAGUAACCUGGCAGAGAAAUUCGUGUGUUUGGAUGACACUUUUGGCAAUGACUGCAGUUUGACAUGUGACGACUGUUCUAAUGGAGGGAAAUGUAAUCCAUGGAAAAAUGGCUGCGACUGUCCUGACGGAUGGAUGGGCGUCGUCUGCAAUCAGACAUGCCCCGAGGGAUAUUUUGGUAAAAACUGCUCGUUACCCAGUAAGUGUAAAAAUGGUGCCACCUGUGAUCCGGUCACUGGGAGCUGCCGCUGUCCUCCUGGGGUCAGUGGAGACUUGUGUCAGGAUGGCUGUCCUAAAGGCUUCUAUAGGAAGCAGUGCAAUAAGAAGUGUAACUGUGCCAAUAACGGGCGCUGCCACCGAACCUACGGAGCCUGUCUGUGUGAUCCUGGACUCUACGGGCGCUUCUGCCACCUCCCUUGUCCUAAGUGGGCCUUUGGCCCCGGCUGCUCUGAGGAGUGUCGGUGUGUCCAGCAGAACACUCUGGAGUGUCACCGUCGCCAUGGCACCUGUGUCUGUAAAUCGGGUUACCGGGGCAACACCUGCAAGGAAGAAUGCAACCCAGGUACUUACGGAGCCACUUGUGAGAAAAAGUGCUCCUGUCCACCCGGAGUGUCAUGUGAUCAUGUGACUGGAGAGUGCCAACGAAAAUGUCCUCCUGGUCGUCAUGGAGAGAACUGUGAUCAGGACUGUCCAGCGGGAAGGUUUGGAGAAGGCUGCGUCCAUCCUUGUAACUGCACCGGCGCCGCAUGUGACAAAGUGUCGGGACGAUGCAAGUGUCCAACGGGGACGUCAGGAAAGCACUGCGAGAACUUGUGUCCCGAGGGACUAUGGGGAUCAGGCUGCACUGAAACCUGCCCUGUUUGUGAGAAUGGUGGCGUGUGUGACAAACACAACGGGUCAUGCAACUGUCCUCCAGGGUUCAUGGGCAGAUUCUGCCAGAACUUGUGCCCGGGUGGACGUUUCGGUCAAGCUUGCCAAAUGAAGUGUGUGUGUGAGAACAAUGCUCGCUGUGAUCCGGUGAGUGGGCGGUGUACCUGCGCUCCUGGCUGGACUGGACACAACUGCAGGAAAGGCUGUGAUGCAGGGCACUGGGGGGAAGACUGUGCAGAAACAUGUGACUGUAGAAACGGAGACGGCAGCUGUGACGCCGUGACGGGCCAGUGCAACUGUGAGGCUGGUUACACUGGAACACGCUGCCACCAGAAGUGCCCAUCAGGUAUGUUUGGUCUUGGUUGUCGCCAUCGGUGUCAGUGUGACAACAAGGCGUUGUGCGACCAUGUGAGUGGAGCUUGUACCUGCCAGGUGGGAUGGACUGGAACCUUCUGCGAAAAGCCGUGUCCUCAGGGUUUCUACGGACUGGACUGCCAGGAGAAAUGUUUGUGUCUCAAUGGCGGGAGCUGUGACCACGUCAGCGGAGUUUGCUUCUGUCCUGCUGGCUGGAUCGGUCCAUUCUGCAACCUGACGUGCCCAACCGGUUUCUAUGGGGAAGGAUGUAACCGAACCUGUAGCUGCCGUAACGAUGGCGUUUGCCACCCGGCUAGUGGGCAGUGUGUGUGCACACCCGGCUGGACCGGACCCAACUGCACAGAAGAAUGCCCUCCAGGUUUUUAUGGAACAGACUGUCGGCAGCGCUGCCUGUGUCAGAAUGGAGCCACCUGUAACAAGAGCAAUGGAAAAUGUUCAUGUGCCAGUGGAUGGACGGGCACAGCCUGUGAACUUGAGUGUGUGGGGGGCCGGUUCGGGACGGACUGCCAACAGCAGUGUGAAUGUGAGUCCGGCGGCCAGUGCGACCGACUGACUGGACGCUGCAGCUGCAGCGGCGGCUGGAUGGGAGAGCGCUGUGAGAAAGCAUGUGAAGCGGGCCUGUUUGGUGCCGGCUGUGAGGAGAGAUGUCAGUGCGUGCACGGGGAUUCAUGUCACCACGUCACUGGAGCGUGUCAGUGUCCACCAGGCUGGAGAGGAACACUCUGUGAUAAAGCCUGUUUGCCCGGUACGUAUGGAAAGGGAUGCAGGCAGCACUGCGGCUGUGCUCAGGGCACGUCCUGCCACCACGUCUCUGGAGACUGCGGCUGUCCUCCUGGAUUCACGGGAAACGGCUGUGAGCAGACUUGUCUUCCAGGAACAUUUGGACAGAACUGUCACCAGGUUUGCCAGUGCUCAGAGACAAACCAGCUCUGCCACCCAGUGUCUGGAUCGUGUUACUGCGCUCCAGGUUUCCAUGGCUCCAGAUGUGACCAAAUUUGUGGAAAGGGUCGUUAUGGUCUAAACUGUGAAAGUAAGUGCCAGUGUGAAAAUGGAGGGAGGUGCAUUCCUUCCACUGGAGCCUGUGAUUGUCCAGCAGGUUUUAUAGGAGCACGCUGCAACAUCACGUGUCCAGCCGGGCGUUACGGAGUCGACUGUGUUCGGGUGGCGCUGUGCGGAGACGGAGCCCAGAGUGACCCGUUCACCGGUCGUUGUAAGUGCAUCCCUGGUCGAAGAGGAAAGGACUGUGGACACGGUUGCCUUCCAGGCUGGUUUGGGGCGGACUGUGUUGAACGCUGUAACUGCAGUAAUGCUGGAGUGUGCGACUCUGUGACUGGCAACUGUACGUGCAGUCUGGGUUGGACUGGCUCACACUGCGAUAAAGAAUGUCCUGCGGGCAGAUUUGGUGCCAACUGUCAGCUGAAGUGUGACUGUCAAAAUAACGGCACUUGUGACAGAGUGACGGGGACGUGUCAGUGUGGCCCCGGCUACUAUGGACAUCUGUGUGAACAUGCCUGUCCUCCUGGUCUUCACGGCCCGCUGUGCCAGCUGCAGUGCGACUGUAUGAACGGAGCCUCCUGUCACCCGGCGUCCGGCCGCUGUAUUUGUCCUCCAGGAUACCACGGAGCUCGCUGUCACAGAGUGUGUGAACAGGGUACCUUCGGUCAUGGGUGUGCCAAGCUGUGUGACUGUGAGGAAGAAUCUCCAUGUGAUCCCGUGAGAGGAAGAUGCCUCUGCUCCUCAGGGAAGACUGGACUCAAAUGUGACAUUGACUGCAGAGCAAACCGCUUCGGGCCAGACUGUGCAGAGACCUGCGAGUGUGGCAACGGGUCGCAGUGCGACAGACGCAACGGCCGCUGCAGCUGCCUGCACAGCUGGAUCGGGCUCUCCUGUCAAGAAGGUGGACCUCCACGCAUCGGCUACAGCAGAAGAGGGGACUCGCAGCAUGACAACGCGUUAUAGCACCGCCAUCGAGCUGGAGUGGCUCAAAAGAGUGAACGAUUGUGACAGGAAUGUAGCAGGCAGCUGGAAGACCGACAUGGAAAUAGACUCUCUGAUGAGAACCGCCGUGUCAUGUUUGGACCUGAACUGGAUGAGAAUAUUUUAGUUUUUUUUGCGUGCCAAAGUGUCCUUUGAACUAUCAGUCUGACCUGCCACCGUGGUACUUUGAGUUCUUUGUGGUCGAGGUGGAUCAUCAAACCUUUUAGUCUUCAGGAUCCUCAACAACUACAUCCGCAGAGUGCAGUGUCAGAAGAUUGUGGUUGCGUUUACUGCACUUUUGGUAUUUUGCAUUUAAUAUUUUGUCCUUGAAAUACCCUUUGCAGGUACUGUGUAUAAAAUAAUUACAUUUACAUUAUGAUGUACUACCCUCAGUCAAAUGGUGCUUUAAUGUUCAGUGCAACAAAGACUCUGUUGAGUUAGUAUGCCUUAAUUCACAGCUGAUAUUUUACAGUUCAUGUCACUAAACUACACAUUUAUUUGCACCUUCUUUAAGGUUAAGAGAUAUUUUUCUUUUAAUUGAUUUUGUGUAUAAAUUGCUUCAUAUUUAUAUUUCUUACAGUUGUAUACACUUGAAUAUAGCACGUUUGAAAUGCGUUCUUUGUUUUCCACUGGAUAAAAGACUUUUCAGCGCUUUAAAAAUCGACAGUCAAAUAAACAAACCCAAAUUAUAUUUUACACCAACAAAGACAGCAGACGCAUGAACAGUUAGUUUACCAUUCUAAUUUUAUAAUUUUUUCAUUGAAGAUGGAAGCUGUACAUCCUGUCUAAAUUCAGAUUCAAGCACAGUGCAGAUAGCAACGCCUGCAAAAGAAAACUAAAAAAGGCAGAGGUGAUCACAACCAAAAAUAUAUACAAAAGGUCAAACUAUGUACAGGAGACACCAGACUCCAUCUACGUCAUCUUCAGAACUAAUGCACUCCAUUGCAUUCCCUUCAGAGCAUUCCUCAUAAAUGCACACACACAACGCAAUACAUUGCUUCUUAAAAUCAAUGCAACACUGAUAGGAAAAUUGCAGCAUGAUGAAAACAAAAACAAACAUUUUCUUUUGAUUCUCUAGACUGCAUUAAAGGCUAAAACGUAAAAAUAUAUUCUCUGUAUAACCUAGAACCUUCUGUAAAAUAAGCUCUAUCCACCUGUGGGUCUGUUUUCUUUUCUGAACUAGUCAUUACAAUGUUAGAACAGCAAAUAUGAAGAAAGUAUGACCUUAAAGCAUGACUUCACUUCAGCCAGAAAACAUUGAGUUAUUUCUACAAUGUGCAGAAACCUUUUAACACCAUAAGAUCUUUGUUGGGCAGGUCAGCACGGUGUAAAAUAACACUGAUGGUCAAACAAAUGCACAGCGAUACCAUUUUAAAAGGGAAAGUUGACAUUUUGGGCCUUGCACCGUUUCACUUUCUUUACUGAAAGAUGAAAAGAUUGAUAACACACGUCUGUACGCUAAAAAUGAAGCCGCCGCCUAACUUGGCUUAGCAUAAAGACUGGAAACGGGAAAACAGCUGGCAUGACUCAGCACAAAGGAUAUACAGUCUGCCUACCAGCGUCUCUAAAGCGCUCUACUAAUCUCGUUUGAUUCUGCACCAAAAACCUACAUUUGCUGUUUUAUGGGGGUAAAUGAACUUGUGUCAAAUCAAUUUGACCACCAAACAUGGUCAUUUGUGAGCUUCAGAGGAGCAGGGAGGCUUUCCCUGUUGUCAGUCUUUAUGCCAAGCUAACGGGUGGCAGUAACCUUAUAUUAUAUUUUGUAGACAGAUAUAAGUGUGGUAUCAACUUUUUAGAAUUGUAACUUUCAGUGAGAAAGUAGAAAAGGCGCAUUUCCUAAAAUGUCGAACAAAGUCUCAAACGUCCUCCCCACUCCCUGCAGAUGAAAAUAUUAAGACAAGAACUCCACAGAGUAAAUUAAACAAAUGCAAUCGGACACAGCAAAUCAUACGUAUACAGGGAUCAACAAAUACAACAGGCUAAAAGCAAGGGAUUAGUUUAGCC